CCCAUACACGUAACAGCCACCAGCAACGGCAAACGCUCGAUGUAAAAUAAAUAAAACUCACACGCUGAGAUGAGUAGACAGCGAGAGUUGAACAAAUUUGUCAAGAGUUAAAACUCAAGUGGAUGUAGUGGGAGUCAAAUAGUAAGUUCGAAGUUCUGAGUGCUGAGUGAGGCUGUAGUGCUCGCUGAGCACAUUUACAGCUGCUGGGGGUGUUGCUACCACACUUGAGUGAGGUUGUCAAGUGAAAUUUACUGAGCACUUUUGGACCACUUUUGUGUCACGGCUAAAUGGGAAAAUUACUUCCAAAUGCAUGUAUGCUAUCUGCGCUUGUAUGAGUGUAAGUGCACGACUCGUAAUCAUAACAAAAAUAUCAAUAACAAUGAAAACAAUAACAAACACUUAAAACAGCGUGAGCUUGGUGAGGGCUGCGAGGGCUGCUGCGAUGGCGUUUACUUGCCGGCCUGAUCGCGCUCUUUUUCCAUUCUAUUAAAAUAAAAUUGAAAAAAAAGUGUGCGCAUCGAGUUUUUUCUUCUCAACUUUACAGAAUUACUUAUUAUUUGUAAAAUUAUAUUAUUCAUUCAUUCUUUCAUUUCCCUAACAUUGGCGACGUGUGUAUGUAUGUAGUCGGUGUAGUCGAUGUGGUGCUGUGUUGCUGUAGCCGCCACUGCCACCCUCACCACGAACGCCCUCCAGUUGUGUGUACAGGUUUUCUGCUGUUUUUGUUGGCUACGGCUACCGUUGUCGCUGUCACUGCCACUGCCACUACCGUCGCUGGCUGGUUGGUUGGUUAGUUGGUUGUUUCGCUGUUUUGUUGUUUAUGUUGAGCGUGUGUGCGGCUGAUUGACUAAAUGACUGAAUGCUUGGAAAAUAAAAUCAACAUGACGCACUCAAGUGUCAAGUUAAUAUGCGAUUGUUGCUCGUUACGGUCACAUCGGGCAGCAUUACGGUGCCGUUUAGUCAAGAACAACGUAGCGUAGCUUUACCGGUUUACUUGCGGUUUGAAACGGUCGGUUGUGAUUAGGCAAACAGUCGUCGGGAGACUAUCCGUCGGUUGAGCAGUUCGACAGGCCGGAAUAGUUAAGGAAUGGCUUAACACCGGAUACAGCAAUUUAUAACAAAAAACAAAAAAAAAAAAUUAUAAUAAUAACAAAAAAAAAAAAACGAAAACAAAAAGAAAAACCAAAAAGGUUAUAUUGGUGGUGAUAGUGACAGUUGCAAAAUGUAACCAAAAAAAGUUCAUCGAAUUCAACUUCAGCAGGCCAUAUCUCAAGCCACAUCGUCCACCUAAGCGUAAAAACCAAAGAGUUAAAUAUAAUUUUUAAGCAAAAAAAAAAAAAAUUUUAAAUUUAAAUAUGAUAAAAAAAAUGUGUCAAUAACCUAAAUUAAGAAAAUGCGUUAAAUAAAAUAUUUAAAAAAUAUAUACAUAUAUUUCAACUAUCCACCUGGAAAGAAUCUCAAACUUGCCAAAAACAGCAUCACUUCAAAUAUCAACGCUAUUUAUAACGAACACCGAAAACAAAAACACGAAAUGAUUGGUGAUACAGCGGAGAAUAUUGGCGAACACGCCUGGACAAAAUUGCUCGACGAUAAGGACAGCAUUGGCAAUAAUGCAGCCAUUGUGAAAACGGCACGUAUUUCCGAGGUGGAUUUUCAAAAGCGCAGCACCAAAGAUAGCAGUCCACUGCCACUCGAGCGCUUGAAAGGCAAUUGCAGUAACCUGAGUAGCGCGGAUGGCGGUGGCGACAGUGGUGGUGGUGGCGGUGGAAGCAAUCCACCAGCCGAUGGUGUUGGUGGUGAAAAUAAAUCACAAUUAACCCGCAAAGGAUCUCUACUUGGCUCAUUCCAUAAACAACUAAGACGUUCUUUGAAAGCUGUUAGCGAAUCACCCGGCCCACUAACGAGGUAAGUGGUGCUAAUUGUUUUAAUUAUUUAUUUAUUUUUUAACGGAAAAUAUUAAGUAUGUAAGUAAUGUGAGUCAUAUGAGUAUGCUAAAAAUAAACAGUUACUGCAGUUUUAAGGAAAUUCAAGGCUCCUCAUGCACAUUUUUCCAUAUUAAAAAUAUGAAAUCUGAUAUCUUAACUUCAAAAAUAGUUUUAAAUGUUUUUCUUUUUUAUCUGUUUGUAGUAUAAGUGCCCACAUGGUUGUGAAUUCGUGAGUUUAUCAUAGCACUUGUACACAUUUCUUCUAGCUAAAUUCACGAUUUAUAUGGCCUAAUCAUGUAUUCUAAGCAUCACUAAAGUCCAUUAUGUUUUAUAUUAUUCCCCUUAGAAUUAACAGUGUUUUAAUUGCCUUGACGCCGAUUGUAAUGACCAAAACGUAUUGGCACUUACAACUGCCGUUUUUAUGAUUUUGACAAUAAAGUUAUUGCAUUAAAUUUCUUCGAAAAAUCUAUGUAUUUUCGUCAUACGUGGGAAGGUCGAAAAGUUCGGGGAAUGGAGUGGUUAGAGAAGAGGGGCUGAUGUUUGAGUCGUAAGCAUUACUGGGCGAGUCAAUACAACGGUAAAUACUUAGUUUUGAAAGUUUUUGUAUGUAAUAAAAAAAAAUAACAGUCAGAAAAUGGAGUUUCGUUUCACACAAGUUUCCCACUAACGAAAGAAAAAAAUUGCAGAGCCGUAUGGAAGAGAUGUCAUCUUUUAAUGGAUAUUCUUGUCCAGGAAAGGCAAUGUGUAGGUGACAUGAUCCAUUUAUGCAAGAUAGAGAGUCAAUUGAAGACGAGAAAUGGUCGAAGUCGGUGGAUUGAGAUGACGUCCAUCAAUAAUGUUGAUAAAUGAAAAAGUUUGCUCUUGCAGAAGCGCGUUUGAAAAAGAAAGAAAC